AUGGCCUUUCAACUUUCCGACUAUCAAGUCGGGUGGAUUUCUGCUCUAGCCAUCGAAGGGACGCUGGCUGUAGCCAUGCUUGAUGUCAGACAUCCCAGGAUACCGACACCCAACGAUGACAAUGCCUAUACUUUUGGUCAAAUCCACAUGGACGACGAGAGUGUACAUAAUGUUGUCAUCUUAUGCCUCGGGCUCGGCCGAACCGGCAAAGCAUCCACUGCUGCAGCCGCUGAGAGUAUGCAACGCACUUUCCCAUCACUCAGAUUCACCUUGAUGGUCGGCAUCGCUGGCGGCGUGUGGAGUGAGGACGCCGAUGUACGUCUCGGCGAUAUCGUUGUUGGUGCUUCAGGAGAUGGUGAUGCCGGUGUCAUACAAUACGACUUUGGCAAGACCAUCAGAGAUCGAGAGCUCGUCGUGACAAAGAGGACGAUGAACAAGCCUCCGCGUGUGCUGCUCAACGCUGUCUCUUCCAUACAGGCCAAGCACGGCAGUUAUGAUCUGGGCUAUCUCGACUUCUUGGAACCCAGAGCGAUUCGUAGGAUGGCUCCAAGACCUUAUGACGAUUACCUCUUCAACAGGUCAUAUCAUCACGAAGAUCCGAGAGACAGAUCUUGCAGGGAGUGCGAUACAUCUGAGCUCCGUCCUCGACCACGCCGCUCGCGCAGCGAACAAGGCAUACCCAAGAUACACUACGGUCGAAUCGCCUCGGGAGAUCAAGUCAUGAAGAGUGCCCGCAUUGCCGAGAAGAUAAGGCGUCAAUACGGGAUUCUGUGCUUCGAGAUGGAAGCAGCCGGACUCGACGAUUUUCAGUUCCUGGCUAUCAGAGGCAUUUCUGAUUACGCCGACUCCCACAAAAACGAUGAAUGGCACGCAUAUGCUGCGGCGGUCGCCGCAGCUUAUGCAAAAGAGCUCUUGACUGUCAUCACGAGCACUGCAGUCCCUGUGGCUCCCAAAGAUGCAAAGGCACAGCAGGAAAUCACGCGCUCCCACCGUGCCAUGCAUAUAGGAAACGUCAUGGACAGCGCGACUGCUAUGUAUGGUGAUCAAACUUUCAGCGGCGUUACUAACUUUGGAGGAACUCACAACUCAAGAUGA